CAACUUGAGUUAGUUCAGUUCAGUCAGUCUCGCACUUACAGUAUCUUAAUUUCAAUAUCAUUCAGUUGAUAGAAGAGAAACGGGCGAGACGUAUGUCGCGUUUCCAUCGCGGCUACCGUGCGUUCGUAAUUCCCACUGUCGAAAUCUUGUAAUCCUGUUUAUUGCUUGUGAAAUCAUUCUUUUACCUUAUUGAAGUUUCAAUAUCGUUGAUAGUUUGAAGUAUAAACAUCUGUGUAAUACAUAUUUAUUUGGUGUGCAAGGUGUUAGGGCAAGAAUUUUGGUUAAAACCAAGUGAACUCAAUAACUGCGUUUGCAUAGUAUGCUUCAUAUUGUGAGUAUUUUAUAGUACGUUUGCAGUAUUAUAAAGAUAAGGAGAGUGUAAACCAUUUAAUGUCGUCCACAUAAGUUUUUUUCUUGUGCCCGAUGCUGUGAAGUUCCUUGCCGGUUAUGGGGCCGCGGUCGACUACAAGCACAUCGUGAUAACAAUGCAGUAUAAAUUCGCGAAGAUAUCUUGACGAUAGCUUCGUUACCGCCGCUACGUGGGUAAAUCAAGAUAUCGAAGAGUUUAAAAGUGGAACAUCAAAGACCUCUCUCGAGUUUGCUUAGCACGAGAGUUCCUCAAAGGAAGCUAGUGUUGUGCGCAUACUUCUUUCUCCAAAUAGCGCGAUAUCGUUAUCGCCCUAGUAAAUCCAUAAGUCUGUUUUCGUUAACCGAUAGCAGUGAUUGUCGAUAAACUCGUGUCGAUUUAUCGUGUAACGUUACAUAUCUAAGGUUCGUGUUUGUGCCGCGACGUGUGCCACUCGAAUCGCUACAGAUGUUAAAAGACAAUUAACAGCUGUGUUGCGUCACGUUCCGUGUGUUUGUUAUCUAUUGUAUAUCGAAUAUCGUAUGAGUGAAUUGUGAAAAUGCGUGCGGAAGAAUUGUGGUCUGGUUUAGCGGCUCUGGGAUGGAUGGUUCUGGUGGUGAAUUGCCAUACGCCCGGGAGCGAACUGGAGACAGUACGUUACGGCCCGACAGAUGAGCGCUUGUCCAAGACGAUAGCGAAUAUCAACAUAACGUACACUGACGAGCACGGAGUUGUGUAUUCGGAAAUAUCGGAGUCCGGAAAAUAUGGCGAAGGAUUCGUUGGGUCAUCGAGCGGGGUCGGCGUGCACAUCAGAGCCAAGGGCCCGGGCGGGGAAAGGGACCACACCGGCUGCUCGUGGCCCCUGCUGUCAACCACCGCGCCCAAUGAACCUUUACCUCAAGAGCCCUGGAUUGCUCUCAUAAGACGAGGCAGCUGCAAUUUUGAACUAAAGGUGCAGAACGCGUGGCGCGCCAACGCUACCGCAGUCCUUAUAUACAACGACCGCGAUGCUCCAGAUCUCGACAAAAUGAAGCUGUCCACGGAUAACGGACGUAAUAUAAGUGCCGUGUUCACGUACAAGUGGAAGGGAGAAGAGAUAGCGCGUCUCAUUGACAACGGCACCAGAGUCACCAUCGCUAUAAUCAAAGGGAGGUCCUUCGCAAUCAUACCCAAAGACUUCAACAAGACAUCAGUACUGUUCGUGUCUAUAUCUUUUAUCGUGCUCAUGGUUAUAUCAUUGGCGUGGCUCGUCUUCUACUACAUACAACGUUUCCGAUAUAUACACGCCAAAGACAGGCUCUCUAAACGUCUGUGCUGCGCUGCGAAGAAAGCUUUAUCUAAAAUUCCCGUUAAGAGCUUAAAGACUGAAGACAGAGAAGUGCAAGGAGACGGCGAAUGCUGUGCUAUAUGUAUAGAGCCUUACAAAGUAUCAGAAACAUUGAGGUCUCUGCCGUGCAGGCACGAUUUCCAUAAGAACUGCAUAGACCCGUGGCUGUUGGAGCAUCGGACGUGUCCCAUGUGCAAGAUGGACAUACUAAAGUACUACGGGUUUGUGUUUACUGGGAGUCAGGAGAGUAUUCUGCAGUUAGAAGUGGAGGAAACGAGAGGCCACGCAUUGAGUCCCUCUCGUAAUAGACAUCCAUUAACUUUGUUAACGAGCGACAACUCUUACGACGAGGCGAUCAGCGAACGAAGCAGUCGCGCUUCCUCGCCGGAUCAACUGGUUCCGCGCUGUCCCCACGAGACCAGUUUCAGAUCAUGCACAUCAACUCCAUCCGGAUCACCGCGACCAAAUACCUCGCGACAACACGACGUCGCCUCCACCAGCACCUCCAACGCUCAGGAGUGAGGAGUCAGCCCUGAUUAAAAACAACCCGCCUUGUGCCAAAAGCAUUCGCCAUACUCCAUACUUGUAGUCUGUGGUAUUUGAAGUCAGCGUUAUUUAUGAUCGAAAUUGUCUACGGUACUUACAGCCUGGAUUAUCUAUGAUCACAUAGACCAAAGUGCUAUGGAUAUUGCCGUAACAAAAGUGAGAAAGUGAUGUGUUCAUAAUAAAGAAAAAAAAAUACUCAAAAAAAAGUUUAUAAAGAUUUUUGUGUAACUUCCAGUGAUCGGAACGUGUAAUGGUGGCCGACAAGUGAUAUUUUGUGUUUUCGUUUUUAAGAACAUUUAUCGCGUAUUUGUUUUUUUUUUCAAGUGCAGCACCGAAAACUCCGCCUAGUCAACGAAAAAGUGUUCAUAAUAUUGUCAGAAAUUAAACCUGAAAAUAAGCAUUGUUCCCUCAGUAUGUUCACUAUGGCCGCGAAAAUUAAGUAAAAAAUAAAACUCAAAUUAUGCCACUCGCAAUUAUUUAAGUAAGUAUAAAAUAGCACUAUAGUCGUAUUUUUUAUUAGAUGAAGUCAAUUGUCAAUCACAUCAUAUAGUUGAAACUAUAGAUGUAUAAAAUAUAACAAUUAUAGGUAGGUAAUGACAUUUAAAAAAAAAACUGAUUGUAGUUACAUACUACUAGUAACAUAUAUUUGAAAAAUUCAAUACAAUUUUAUUUUAAAAUAGAAAUAAUAUUCUUUUAUAGUUUGAAAUGAUUAACUAUUCACACUCAUUGUUUAUUCAUCUGAUUUAACGAGAACUGAACGUAUCACUUUUUUUUUUUUCUUUUUUAAAUAAAUAUAAAUAUUUACUAACAAUCACGCCACGUUAACUAAUCCCGUGCUAAGUUCGUAAAGAACUUGUUACAAGUACCAGAUAACGGAAAUAAAUAUAAUAUUUUUAUUAUACACAUACAUAUAUUUAAUAUACACCCAUAACCCUGGAAAGACGUUUAUAUUUCUCAUACAAAUAUCUUCCCUUGGCGGGAUUCGAACCCGCGACCCCCUUGUGUAGUGACCAUGUCACUUACCACUACACCAGACAGCCGUUCAUAUUACUUUAAAUAUGGCAACAUUAUUUUACAAAGUGACAUUAGCUACUGUCAGGUGGCUUCGUCUAAUUAAAAAUGCGACUAUAUGGUCGAAUGUAGUCGAAACGCUUCGAACCGCCAGACCUGGAAGCGCAUUGUCUGGAGGGCGGUGGUCGGGAGUAUGGGCGUCCUAACAGGUCCUCCUGUACAUACAGCAUCAGCGCAACCACGACCACCACUCUGACAAGAGUGGCCGACUGAGAAGAAGAAGAUAGCAUAAUUAAUAGCAAAAUCUGUUUCAAAUGAAAUUGAAUCUUUUCGAAACCGUGCAUUUGCCUUCAAAUUGGCCAAAGAAGUUUUCAUAUUGAGGAAACAAUUUCCACUUUGUACUUACAAUACUACAAUGUGCUCAUUAAACUUCUCGCGAAAGAAGUACUUAAAUUGGUUUAUGAUCUCAUUAAAAUGGUUUUUUUUUAAAUUAAAACUAUACUAAUACUUCAGUUUUGUCAAUUCAAAUUGUGUAAAUAAUUAGUUUAAUAUCCAUUUUGUUUACUUGAAAAUUUAUUUUCAAUACAGAACACUGUAGCGAUAUUCAUUAUCGUUGAUAUAAAGUUAUGAUAUGGUAAAGAUAUCACAGCUGAUGUUAUUUCAAAUACUGUAAUUUGGUCUAAUGUAUCCGUCCAUAACAUAUUAUGAUAAAACUUAAUCUUGUAGCUUAUGAAAUUUUAUAAAAAUACUAAAAUAAUACAUAAUAUAGCUAUUGUUAAUAUUCCGUGUUAACCGUGUUUUACACAAAUGUAAUUUUGUAAUAAAAUAUUUUUUUAAUGUCAUAAUGUAUUUUUGGGAAACAUUCAAAUCUUAUAUGAACGGCUGUUGAAUAAAAUGUCAAAACAAUGUCAAAUAUUUAUCAAGGGUUUAAAUAUAAUUUAUUGUUAAGUCGUAAAUAAAAUUAACUGCCCGCCAUAAAAAUUCGUGAGUACGAACUAUAAAACAAUUACAUUUUAUAAUUCAUUACACUUACAUUCAUUACAUUUGUGACAAAAAAAUAUUAAAAUAUUUAACUUUAUUGAUGUUUGCAAGUAAUUAAAUGUGGUCAAAAUUACAAAAGCCACGUGUUAACCAAAUUUUAUACAGAGGACCAUAUGGUAUUUUCAACACUUAUUUCGUGACUCUCGAGUUGAAUAGGCAAUAAAAUCUAGUCUGAAAAUUUAUCGCUUUUAAUUACAGUAAAUAAUAAUUAAAACACAACAUUUUUUCAACACACAAUAAAAGUGUACUUCAAAAUUCAACUGUAUUGUUUUAAAGGCGAUUUUAUUCAAACUUUAUUUUAAUUUUAAGUUUUAUUAUUUAAGUAAGCAUUUAAGUUAUGUACACAGAUAACAUUAAGGUACUUGAUAAAAUAACGAGGAGACUGGCAUGUACUUUUAAAAUGAUCGAGUUUGUGAACACAUUCCCUUUGAUUCGAAUGUCAACGUGUUAAAUAGGUGUUGUAAUAAACCAAUACAGUAUUGAAA